CCUUGUUUGGCUGCUCUUCCUCCUCUCAACAAAGUCUGUCUAUAUAUAGGAAAGCCCAUUGGAGGCUUUGAAUCCAUUCCCAUUCAAUCACCUCCUCUCAAGUCUCAACUCAACUAAACUUGCCCUCUCUGGUUAUCUUCUUCUUCUUCUCUUCGCUUCCAAAGACCCGACUUUUAACGUUUCACAGAAUGGGAAGCACUGGUGGAACUGACUAUGGUGCUCACACCUAUGAGAACCUUGAGAGGGAGCCUUACUGGCCAUCAGAAAAGCUCCGGAUUUCGAUCACCGGGGCAGGCGGAUUUAUAGCCUCCCACAUUGCCCGGCGUUUGAAGAGCGAGGGCCAUUACAUUAUCGCUUCCGAUUGGAAGAAGAACGAGCACAUGACAGAAGACAUGUUCUGCCAUGAGUUCCAUCUUGUUGACCUUAGGGUGAUGGACAAUUGCUUAAAGGUUACCAAAGAUGUUGACCAUGUCUUCAACCUUGCUGCUGAUAUGGGUGGGAUGGGCUUUAUCCAGUCCAAUCACUCUGUAAUCAUGUAUAACAACACCAUGAUUAGCUUCAACAUGCUUGAAGCUGCCAGGAUCAGUGGUGUUAAAAGGUUUUUCUAUGCCUCCAGUGCUUGUAUUUACCCCGAGUUCAAACAACUGGAGACUAAUGUGAGCUUGAAGGAGUCUGAUGCGUGGCCUGCUGAGCCUCAAGAUGCUUAUGGAUUAGAGAAGCUUGCAACUGAGGAGUUGUGCAAGCACUACACCAAGGAUUUUGGAAUUGAGUGCCGUGUUGGACGCUUCCAUAACAUUUAUGGUCCUUUUGGAACAUGGAAAGGCGGGAGGGAGAAGGCUCCUGCUGCCUUUUGCAGAAAGGCUAUCACCUCUACUGAUAAGUUUGAGAUGUGGGGAGACGGACUUCAGACACGAUCCUUUACCUUCAUUGAUGAAUGUGUUGAAGGUGUCCUUAGGUUGACAAAGUCUGACUUCCGUGAGCCAGUAAAUAUUGGAAGUGACGAAAUGGUUAGCAUGAAUGAAAUGGCUGAGAUUGUUCUUAGCUUUGAGGACAAGAAGCUCCCUAUCCACCACAUCCCUGGUCCUGAGGGUGUCCGUGGUCGUAACUCCGACAACACACUGAUCAAAGAAAAACUUGGUUGGGCUCCAACCAUGAGGUUGAAGGAUGGGCUGAGAAUUACAUACUUCUGGAUCAAAGAACAGAUUGAGAAAGAGAAGACACAAGGUGUUGACCUGUCUAUUUAUGGGUCAUCAAAGGUGGUGGGAACCCAAGCGCCGGUUCAACUUGGCUCGCUACGUGCUGCCGAUGGCAAAGAAUGAAGUAGUUCAUGGGCGGAUGAAUAUUUGCUUCAAGAAAAUGGAAGAUAUAGUUUAUUCAAUAAUAUCACGUUUCUCAGAGAAUUGCUUAUGGUUAUGGGCAGUUAUUAGUUUGAGCAGUUAAGUUGAUCUCCCGUUCUGAAUAUGGUGAUAAUGUAUAAGGGAAGCUCUUGUGCUCCCAAUCGUUUUUAGCUUUUGCCUUUUGGAGCAUGUUGCUGCCUUAAGGAUAGCAUAAUUUUCGCCUUGUAUCCUUUUCAUAUCAUUUUCCUCAGCUAAUUCAUUGUUCAGCUAUGAGUAAUUGUUUUCCCUUUUCAUUGUGAAUUAGUCUUUGGAUUACAUCACUUUGCCAUAA